AUGGCCCUGCGCACUGGGACGGCUUGGUUUGGGCAGGUCCUGCGCAGAGUUUCCCGGCUCCAGGGCACCUGGUCCCGGCGCUCCAGCAGCCUCCUGUGUCUCUCCUCCCAGGAGCCCGAGCAGGCGGGCGGAGAGCGGCCGCCGCCGCAGCACAAGCUGCCCCGCAGCAGCGGCAGCGGGGGCCGCCAGCCCCCCCGGCACCUGCCCCCCUGCUGCGGUUGUUGCGGCCUGUCGGAUCCCCGGGCAGCCAGGGGGGGACAUGGUCCCCUCACUCGCCCCUUGCUGGCGGCCAUGAAGAGGCAGAACGUGCGGACCUUGUCCCUCAUCAUCUGCACGUUCACCUACCUGCUGGUCGGGGCUGCCGUCUUUGAUGCCCUGGAGUCCGACAACGAGAUGCGGGAGGAGGAGAAACUCAAAGCCGAGGAGAUCCGGCUCAAAGGAAAGUACAACAUCACCAGUGAGGACUAUCGGCAGCUGGAGUUGGUGAUCAUGCAGUCCGAGCCGCACCGGGCUGGUGUCCAGUGGAAAUUCGCCGGCUCCUUCUAUUUUGCCAUCACAGUCAUCACGACCAUCGGUUAUGGACAUGCUGCCCCAGGGACGGAUGCAGGGAAGGCCUUUUGCAUGUUCUAUGCUGUCCUGGGGAUCCCACUGACACUCGUCAUGUUCCAGAGCUUGGGUGAGCGCAUGAACACCUUCGUCAAGUACCUCUUGAAGCGCAUCAAAAAGUGCUGUGGGAUGAGGAGCACCGAGGUCUCCAUGGAAAACAUGGUCACUGUGGGUUUCUUCUCCUGCAUGGGAACACUCUGCAUUGGAGCAGCAGCCUUUUCCCAGUACGAGGAAUGGAGCUUUUUCCAUGCUUACUAUUACUGCUUUAUAACAUUGACUACGAUAGGGUUUGGAGACUAUGUGGCCCUGCAGACCAAAGGGGCCCUUCAAAAGAAGCCUCUCUACGUGGCUUUUAGCUUUAUGUACAUUCUAGUGGGGUUGACAGUCAUUGGGGCAUUUCUAAAUCUGGUUGUUCUCAGGUUCUUAACCAUGAACAGCGAGGACGAGAGGCGGGAUGCCGAGGAGCGGGCGUCCCUGGCAGGGAACCGCAACAGCAUGAUCAUCCACAUCCAAGAGGACUCCCAGCAUGGUCGGCCGCGGUACAAGGCCGAAGUAACAGACCUUCAGUCAGUUUGUUCCUGCAUGUGUUACAGGUCCCACGAGUACACCAGCCGGGUGGUGUCCCACCAAAAUUCGUUCAGCUCGAAGCUGAACCCCCAGUACUUUCACUCCAUCUCUUACAAGAUAGAGGAGAUCUCACCAAGCACAUUAAAAAACAGCCUUUUCCCGUCCCCUGUCAGCUCCAUCUCACCUGGGUUGCACAGCUUUACAGAUAACCACAGGCUGAUGAAAAGGCGAAAGUCCAUCUAAAGGGAUUUGUCCUUUUCUUUUCCUGGCUUUCCUUGUUUUCCCCCAA